AUGGUAUUAUGUUUUCAUUAUAAUCGCUUGUUUUUACUCAAGCCUAUUUUGCCAAAUAUAUUUUCUUUAGUAAAAUGUUAUUCUCGUACACCAACAGUAGUUCGUUAUCGUGCACAAUCAAAAAUGUUAAUUACACAAAAGAUUGAUACACCAGAAUAUCGAAUAUUAUUAACACCAGGUUUAAUGAAAUUAGCUGAAUUAUUUAAAGCAAAUAAACAUGAAUUACGUGUAGCUGGUGGUGCCGUACGUGAUAUAUUAAUGGGUAUUAAUCCACAUGAUGUUGAUUUUGCUACAACAGCAACACCUGAACAAGUUAAACAAAUGUUAACCGAUGCAAAUAUACGAAUGAUUAAUUUAAAUGGUGAAAAACAUGGAACAAUAACAGCUCGUAUUGAUGAUAAAGAAAAUUUUGAAGUAACAACAUUAAGAGUUGAUGUUGUUACGGAUGGAAGACAUGCUGUUGUACAAUAUACUCAAGAUUGGCAAUUAGAUGCUGGUCGAAGAGAUCUUACAAUCAAUGCUUUAUUUCUUGAUUUGGAAGGAACUGUAUAUGAUUAUUUUAAUGGAAUUGAUGAUCUCAAACAUCGUCGUAUUUGUUUUGUUGGUGAUCCUAUUGAACGUAUUCGUGAAGAUUAUCUUCGUAUUCUCAGAUAUUUUCGUUUUUUUGGACGUCUUGCAAAUGAUGAUGCACAACAUGAUAAAGAAACAUUAAAAGCAAUAAGAGAAAAUACUAGUGGUUUACAAAAUAUUUCAGGUGAACGUCUAUGGAUUGAACUAAAACGUAUUGCUGAAGGACGUAAUGCAGGUCCAGUAUUAAAAGUAAUGCUUGAACAGGAUAUUGGUCAAUAUCUUGGUAUUCCUUCGAAUGUUGAUUUAAAUCAAUUAGAAGAUCAUUGGAGAAAAUGUCAUCAAUAUAAUCCACAUGCUCUUACAAUUCUAACAAAACUUUUUCAUAAUAUGGAUGAAUUAUCAAAAUUUGAACAACGUAUGAAAUAUUCCAAUGAUUGUCGUCGUUUAUCUCAAUUAUUAGUGACAUAUCGUGAUUCAAUAUCUAUUCUUGAUUCAUCAUCAAUUGAUCCACUUAAAUCAUAUAAAGAUUUACUUAUUGAUUUAUAUUUAUUUGAUCCAAAUAUAAAAGAAAAAAUUAUUGAAUUACUUAAAUAUCAAUAUUAUCUAAAUGAAAUUCAACAAUUAAUUGAUUGGACAAUACCAAAUUUUCCAGUAUCUGCUGGAAUGCUUGCUUUAAAAGGUAUUAAACAAGGACCAAAUUAUAAAGUAAUUCUUCAUGAACUUCGAGAAGCAUGGAAAAAAUCACAUUUUAAAGCAAAUGAAAAUCAAUUACUUAAUGAAACCUUGCCAACAGUAUUAAAAAAUUUAACAAAAAUACAACCAUCAAUGAUAACUAAUCAGAAAACAAUUGUUAAUCCGCCUGCAUUUGCACUUCCGAAAAGACGUAAACAUAAAGAAUCAAGUUCAGAUAAUUCCAAAAGAACUGCUAGUACUUCAUAA